AUGGCCGUCGAGUCUGAAAAACUAAAUUUAGACAACAUAAUUGCCAGGCUUCUCGAAGUGCGCGGUUCAAAACCAGGGAAGAAUGUCCAACUAACAGAAAAUGAAAUAAAGGGCUUGUGUAUCAAGUCUCGAGAAAUAUUCCUCGGUCAACCAAUCUUGCUGGAACUUGAAGCUCCUUUAAAAAUUUGUGGAGAUGUUCAUGGACAGUACUAUGACCUUUUACGCUUGUUUGAGUAUGGUGGAUUUCCUCCCGAGUCAAAUUACCUUUUUCUUGGCGAUUAUGUCGAUAGAGGUAAGCAGUCCUUGGAGACAAUAUGCCUUUUGUUGGCCUACAAAAUAAAGUACCCAGAGAACUUUUUUCUUCUGCGAGGUAAUCACGAAUGCGCUUCUAUUAAUAGGAUAUAUGGGUUUUACGAUGAAUGCAAAAGGCGUUACAAUAUAAAGCUUUGGAAGACCUUUACUGAUUGUUUCAACUGUUUACCAGUAGCAGCCAUUAUUGAUGAAAAAAUCUUCUGUUGUCAUGGCGGCCUAUCACCGGAUCUUCAGUCGAUGGAACAAAUACGGCGCAUUAUGCGCCCGACUGAUGUACCUGAUCAAGGUCUUCUUUGUGACUUAUUAUGGUCAGAUCCUGAUAAGGAUGUUACAGGUUGGGGUGAAAAUGACCGAGGUGUAUCAUUCACAUUUGGUCCUGAAGUAGUUGCGAAGUUUUUGCAUAAACACGACUUGGACCUUAUUUGUCGAGCUCACCAGGUUGUGGAAGACGGGUACGAGUUCUUCGCAAAGCGACAGUUGGUCACUCUUUUUUCUGCUCCGAAUUACUGUGGUGAAUUUGAUAACGCUGGCUCUAUGAUGACUGUGGACGAAACGUUGAUGUGUUCAUUCCAAAUUUUGAAACCUGCUGACAAGAAGAAGUUUCCGUAUGGGAAUAGUAGCACGGGCCGACCACUCACUCCAACAAGGAAUACUCCAGCGCCAAAUGCUAAGAAAGGAAAGAAGUGA